AUGUCCAACGUCCAGCAGACCGGCAAGAAGCAGCGUUCGGCUAUCGCCGACGUGGUGACCCGCGAGUACACCAUCAACCUGCACAAGAGAUGCCACGGUGUUAGCUUCAAGAAGCGUGCUCCUCGUGCCAUCAAGGAGAUCCGUGCUUUCGCCGAGCGUGCUAUGGGCACCAAGGACGUUCGCCUCGACCCCCAGCUGAACAAGAAGGUCUGGGAGGCCGGUAUCAAGGGUGUUCCUUUCCGUCUCCGCGUUCGCAUCUCCCGCAAGCGUAACGACGAGGAGGGUGCUGAGGAGCGUCUGUACUCCCACGUCCAGGCUGUCAACGUCAAGGACCCCAAGGGUCUGCACACCACCAACGUCGAUGACGCUUAA